AUGGAUCAGAAAGAGGAGAACACUCCCCCCUCGGCUCCAUGGCCUCCGUCUGGAAUGUUGGAGUGUCCCAAGGACGACUGCCCACGUCUCUUCACCUCUCGAGAGGUUCUGGAAUCCCACCAGAUGUCAUACGUGGACCAUGCAUUUUGCACAGCCUGCAACAUCCAGUUUGAUACUCACGAAGAGAUGUUCCUUCAUCAGCUCGUCAGCAAGCGUCACCAUAACUGUCCAGUCUGCAACCGCAGUUUCAAGACCGAUGAUGCUCGGGAUUAUCAUAUCCAAAAGGAACACCCAGAAGACCGGGACCUCAUUUGUCCCGGCUGCCGCAUGACUUUCACGUCCAGCGAAUCCUACCACAGUCACAUUAUCUCCAACGCGUGCAGAAGCACUGCUGUUCUGGCCUUGAACGAGCACAAUGCCCGCCGCGUGAGAAUGGAAGUGGGACUCAGGGAAGCAUCCCAACCUGGACCCAGAUUGUCCUUCUGCUCGGACGAUGACAACUAUCGAGACACCGGAACCGACAGUGAGAGCCUAAGCCUACCUCGGCCUCGUCAGUUUGCGAGACAGUAUUCUGGCGCCUCCGACGAGUCCACUCAACCCAACGAGUCCACUUACCCCGAUGGAGGCAGCUCGCCUGGCGUAAGCAGUAAUUUCCCCAUGACUCGCUCUAGCCCUCGCCUUUCGCCGGCACGGCCCCUUGGCCUCUACAAGAAAUUUACUUAUCUCAUUCCCUCGGAACGUCCAAAGCGCACGCCAUUUCCAAACGUCGCAGUUCAUCCUGAUGAUCUGAUCGGCUGGGAUCCUAACCUCUAUGUCGGUCCGUGGCCACCCUCGCUAGACUUUUUCCGGACGCCUGAGCGAAAGCAACCUGCCACCCCGCCGAUUCAAAAGGUCAUCCCCGAAUGGGACUCUGAGGAGCACUGGAACAGCGAGACAAAGCGCUAUUUCUGUGACUGCGGAUUUACCACUCCAUUCGUGAAGAUCUAUGAGCAACACGUGGUCAUGGAGCGAAGUGCAUCCGAGCACCAGUACCAUUGCACCCACUGUGGAAAGGGCUUCCCCUCUGUCCCCAAUCUAUUCACGCACAUCGAGGUAGCCCAUCCGGAUCCAACCUUCCAAGGACAGGAGAACAGACGCAGUGGGCAGGUCCUCAGGAACGGCUCUUCUGCUGAACGUCGGCUCGACAUGGAUGGGCCGAUGGAUAUCGGCGAGCUCGAGUUUCAAGUCUAUGACCGGCCUCCGACCUUCGCGCAGAACACCCCGCGUUACCGUGCGAAGGGAGAUUAUGGAUUGCGCUCGACAAAGGUCCCUCACGGUACCUACUGGUAA